UGCCGGUCUCGAGCUCAGUCGUUGUCUGCCAGGUUUUAAAUUCACCGGUAUCCUUAUCCCGGUCUCUGCCAACACGAUUUACACGUUACGAUUACCCUGUUUUUUAUUUGAAUUUUUACACUAAUAUUUUUUUGUUUCUUUACUUGACCCGCGAAUCAUCUUCCCGCGAAACCCGCGGAUCGGUAUUUUUGAACGUGUGUGUUUUAUAUUCGUGAACGUAUUGUUUUUAUUUGAUAAAAAAAUUAAUAAUUAUAUUACUAAUUAAUGUUUUCAGUGUAAUAAGUGACUAGUGAUUGUGUGAUAAUCAUUGUGACCGGUAUGCUACUGUAGACCUGAUGAUAGAUAUGCCGGUAUCGUUAACUUGGAAUUAAUUAUUUAUCAGUCAUGGCGCCCUCUACUAUCUGGGUCUUUUCUUUGCUGUGUCUGAUUCUACCUCAAAAUGUAUUUUCAAAGCCCGGUUUGUGUGAGGAGUUGACAGGCCAGUCAAACAUCAUCCUUGACAUCGAGGAGAGCCGUGGCUAUGGUUAUGAGCAGCCAACUGUACCAGAAGAACUUCCGGUCUCUGGGAAUCCCUACAACGAGACCACCUUGGAGUUAAUAUUUCCUGGAAAGGCGCCACUAUUCGCCCUCAAUGGAAAGAAACUGAGACUCCUUAAACAACUGGAUCGUGACAGCGAGAACCUCUCGCACGUUGUGUUCCAGCUGGCAUGUACAGUAAGAUCGACAAACAAAAAACGAAUUAUUCCAAUAAUCGUACGUGUGUCUGAUAUAAAUGACAAUGCACCAAAGUUUAUCAAUACGCCGUACGAAACAACAGUACCCGAGCUUACGCCAGUAGGAUCGACAAUAUUUCAAAAUGUCGUGGCAUUGGACGCUGACGCGGGUGUGAAUGGACUCGUGGAAUACUCAAUAUCACCAGGAGAUGGGAACGGUAUUGGCAGUAACAAUGCCGUUGGUCGUGAUAGAAUUACAACCGCAGACGGGUAUGGUUAUUUUAGCAUCAACUUGCCACAUCAGGGACAGGUCACGGUCAAUCGAACACUCGACUUCGAGAGGACGCAGCGUUAUCUCGUCACCAUCCUCGCCUCCGAUCGAGCAUUGAAUACGUCCGAAAGAUUGACAUCGACUACAACUCUAACCGUAAAUAUUAGAGAUGAUGACGACCAAGAUCCUUCAUUCAUCUACCAAGGAUGUAUGCUGCUCGACGGAUCGUGUAUCAAUCCCGAGUACUCGGCUUCCGUAUCCAGUGGAGUACUCUCUGGAAUACUCAAUAUAUCGCCGGAGAAAAUACAAGCCGUUGACAUGGACAGUAUUAAUGCACCAAUUCAUUACUCCUUUCUCAGUGGUAAUCCGCCAAACUACAGAGACUUUUUUGAAAUAAAUCAAAACACGGGAGCGGUCAAACAGAUUCGAGCUGUCGACACCACGGUUACCAAAAAAUUUGAUAUUAUUAUUAAGGCCGUCGAGGAAUCAGAAGCAAAGCGAUCAGCGACAGCUAAGUUGACAAUUACCGUCAAACCGGUAGACAGUAAUCCGCCGGUUAUUACAGCAUCAUCUGUUGAGGGUUACGUUGAUGAGAAUGCGCCAGUUGGUACCAAGGUCAUCGACAGAGAUGGAAAUCCGAUUAAACUUACUGUAUUCGACGCCGAUCUAGCGCCAGAGGACCCCAAACCAAACUACACGUUCGAGUUGACAACGAGUUUCUUCGGGAUCGAUCAAUCAGGAACUCUGAUAGUAAACGAAGAGAAUCUGGAUCGCGAUCCGCCGAGUCCUGGGCGGUUUAGAUUUCAAGUUAUUGCUCGCGAGAAAUCAGGAAUCGCGGCAUCAACACCUCUGUCUUUUGUCGUGACGUUGAACGACGUCAACGACAAUGCACCUCAAUUGCCAAUGGUACCGCCAAUCACCGUCCAAGCUGGCGAAGCCAGACGGGAAGUAAUCAAGGUUGAAGCAACGGAUAAUGAUGAAGGGGAAAAUGCAGAGAUAACGUACAGCAUUUAUCAUGUAUCUAAUAACGGCCAGCAAAAAUUCAAAAUUGAUCCCAAGUCCGGGGUCAUAGAGUCCGUAAGAAAAUUGAAUGCCGGUGAACAGUACAGUAUCACUGUCCAGGCCACUGAUAAAGGUGGUAAAUACUCACAGACAAUUGUUGAAAUAAAUGUCAUACCCGGUCCCAAUACGCGUAGUCCCGUUUUUCAACAACCGGUCUACGAAGUUCAGGUUAGCGAAGGUGCUCCUAUUAAUUCAACAGUCGCUACCAUUACUGCACUCGACCCAGAAAAUGAUCCAGUGUCGUAUUCAAUACUUUCGGGCAAUGACUUGAGGCAAUUUGCGAUCGGUGACAAGUCAGGCGUUAUUACCGUUAUAAGGAAGUUGGACAGGGAAGACUUGACGCGAUAUCAGCUGUUUGUUAAGGCUGAGGACAGUGGCGGGCUUUCGAGCACCGCGACAGUUAACAUCCGCGUCACUGACAUCAAUGACAAGAACCCCGAGUUCCAGGGUCUGCCUUACGAGUUUGAAGUAAAGGAAGGCGAGGCGAGAAAAUUAAUUGGACAUGUUCAUGCUGAUGAUGCCGACGAGGGUAUUAAUUCUGAAAUAACUUAUUUCGCACCUGACGACAUUCCGUUCACGGUUGAUCCGGAAACUGGAGACGUUCUUACUAAAAUAGCUCUAGAUUACGAGCAAAAUCACGAAUAUAAAUUUGUUGUGACGGCACGUGAUGGCGCUCCAGAUCCUCGUCUAGCGACAGCGACUGUCUCAGUAAAAGUUAUCGAUGUCGAAGACGAAGUACCGAUAUUUCAUCAAAGUAGUUAUGAAGCACGUGUUAAAGAAAACGUUCCUGAUUAUAUGGUUAUACAAGUUGUCGCCGAUGAUCCAGACACUAAAAAACAAAUAACAUAUGUAAUUAAACAAGGCGACACUGAUCUCUUUAGUAUUGAUCCUAAAACGGGUGUAAUUAAAACAGUACGUGGACUGGAUUACGAAAGAGAUAGUCAGCAUAUACUCAUUGUCGGUACUUUAGAAAAUACAAGUGAUCUUCCUGGAUCUACUACUCGUGUCGUUAUCAACGUACAAGAUAUGAAUGAUAUACCACCAGUGUUUACAACAAUACCACGUCCAAUAACACUUGACGAUGACGUACCAAUAGGUACCACAGUUAUUAAUUUAUUAGCCCAAGAUUCUGAUGGUACAUCACCCGGUAAUCAAGUAAGAUAUGAAAUAAUUGGACGUGGAAGUGCAAGUAGAUAUUUUGUAAUUGAUCCAGACUCAGGCAUACUAACGGUCCGCGACGAUUUACGGAAGGAAACUGACUCUGAAUAUCAAGUGGAUGUAAGAGCUUACGACCUGGGCGAACCUCAACUAUCUUCUGUAACGACUGUCCCAAUUUAUAUUCGUCACGUAGCAACAGUUGCCCCGGAAGUUGGACUAGGUUUCGCUGAGGACUCUUACAAUGUUGAUGUGCCUGAAGAUGCUAGUGACAAUACGCUAAUUAAAAUUUUGACAAUUAUAAAUUCCCACGCUCACGAUACAACUUUGAAUUGCGAAAUUUACAGCGGCAAUGAGGAUGGAUUAUUUGAAACUAAAAUUACAGAUGAACGUAAUUGCGCAUUGAGAUUAAAAAAAGGAGCACUUGAUUAUGAGACAGUUGAAUUUUACCAGAUUAAAAUAAAAUUGGAAUCUACCUCGGGCAUUUUAAAUUCACAUCGCAAUACUACGAUGGUUAAAAUUCAAGUAAUUGAUGUAAAUGACAACAAACCAGAAUUUAUAUUCCCCGAAGACCCGUUGGGUUUACGUAGACGUCGUUACUUUGCAUCAAUACCUAAAACCGCGCAAUUUUCAUUCAACGUUCUUCAAGUAAAAGCCCAAGAUAAAGACAAUGGAAAAUACGGUAAACUCGAGUACAAAAUGUUAAACGGACGUGGAACGCAAUACUUGUCAAUAGACAGUUCCUCAGGCAUGAUAAAAACAAUCGGAACGUUCGACAACGUCUUGCUAGAAGAAUUACCAUUUAAAUUCAACGUCCAAGUACGUGAUAAUCCGAACUCGACGACUAAAUUCAAUACCGCCGACGCUCCCGUCAUUGUUAAUUUAAUUGACGAAGAAAAUUUACUUGUACUUGCAAUCCAAGAUGCAUCUGCCGACAACGUGCAAAAAGAAGCGACGAAAAUAGUGAGAGUAUUAGAAGAAAAAACAGGACUGCUGAUUGGUAUCGAUAGGAUAUCUACUAGAAAGACUGUUAAUAAAAAUGGUACCGUCGAAAAUCAUCCGUUGGAUACUGACGUCUGGUUUUAUGCCAUUGAUCCAAAGACUGAAAUUAUUUUAGAUCGUAACAAUUCGCACUUAAUAAGAGUAAUGUUAGACAAGCCAGCGAUGUCUUCAUUAAUUUUCGACGUAUCAACAGCCGUCCGAGCUAACGCUAUUGACAUUCAUGCGCCAGUAACGGCGCCCGAGCAACCAACAAUCGUUACUCCUAUAGCCGUUGCAUUUAGCGGCGAAGUAUUUCCAUAUGCUCUGAUAAUAAUCGCCUGCGUUAUUCUCGUUCUCGGUGUCGCUGGAAUUAUUUACAUCUGCAUAUCCUGGUCCAGAUAUGAUCCAGUUUACGUCGAGACGGAUCUUAAGGAAUACGAGACCCAAGUACUGCGUAUGAGUGUCCCGAAUGACGACAACGAGAGCUACAAUGACUUACAAUUAGACUUUAGUAAUAAAAAUCAUGCAUUUAGUCUUGACAAUGUCAGUUACAUUACCAAAGAUCAUGGCGGAAGUACUGGUCAACAGAGUCCAGUGAGCUCAGAAGCCGCGACGACAGUCCGCGCCUCUAGUAUCGCGGGCAACCCAGAAGUAAACAUGCAAUCUCUGAGACGGUCAACGCUGAGUCGUAAGAAUAAUAAUAAUACGAAUCUUAUAAAUAAUAUUGACACGCCGGUAUUGAAUCCGCUGUUCAAUCACGAAGAGCUUUUGAGCGCAAGCCCUUCAAAUGAUAACGUUACAUUUAGAGAGAGGAAAGACUACUCGCACCUCGGGUUCAGUUACUUGACCGAGCAGAGUCCAGUUGAGACAACUACAGAAUUGUAAUUACUAUAGCAAACAUAGUCCACGAUUUAUUAUUAUUAGGGACAAAAUUUUUGCCUUGAUUUUGAAAUUAAUCGUUCAAAUGUUUGAUAUUACGGCGAAAAUAAUGGUCUAAUCAGAAAAGUUUUCAAACAAAAGUUAUAGGAAAUUAAAUUUUCUAAAAAAAAUGUCUCUUUAGAUUUUUUUAUACGGCUAAUUUUUUCGCGGUAAUUCGAAAAUUAAGUUUCAUAAUGAAUAAUUCAAAUUUUUGAUAAUUAUGAAAAUCUUAAUUUUGAAAUUACGGCUUUCUUUUUAGUCCUAAGAAAAAAUUAUAAGAGACAUUUUCUUUCAAAAAUUAAAUUCUGAACAACUUUUAUUUGAAAAAUUUUUUUAUACGACCAAUAUUUUUGUCCGUAAUAUCAAAAAUUUCACACCAUUAUUUAUUGUUGGUUGAUUUCAAAUUGAAGCAAAAAUCCUGGCCCUAAUUAUUAUCAUUGGUUUGUUAUCAAAACAAAUAAAACUGUAAUUUAACUUAAUUAGUAUUUUAUAGAUGGACGUUAAAUCAAAUACUCUAGGAUUAAUAUUAUUAUUAAUUUACGCUGACAAAUGUGCCAGCUACCGUCCGUUAAAUAUUUUUAUACUAAAAAAAAUUUAUGCAUAAUUAAUUAAUUAAUUAAUUAAAUGAUCGUGUGGAUAAAUUUGUGUAAAUUAAUUGAUAUAAUUAAUAUUUUAUUGUUCAUAUUAAUUAUCAAAUGUAUUAUAUUAUUAUUAUUAUUAAUAUCAAUCCUACUUUAUAAUUAAUGUUCAAGUUUUGCUCAUAUUAACAAUAUAAAAGUGAUAUAUAUAAAUAUAUAUUUUUUUUAAAUAUCUAAAUAAAAAAAUAUGCGCAACGACUUGCCAGAAUGCAGUCAUAGAUUUUAAUUUACUUUUAUUUUUUAUUAUAAAUUAUUAAUAAAUGUAAAAUUAUUAUUAUUAUUAUUAUUAUAAAUUAUAACUAUUGAAUGUUUUAAUUAAAAAGUAUGUAUUACAAUAGCAAAAGUAACUGCCGUGAAUUACUAAAUUGCUAGAAUAAUUAAAAAAAAAAAAAUAACGUAAAUGUUUAACAUUUUUUUUUCCCGCUUUUUUUUUUUUAACUCCUCCGGGACUCAAUUACUCAUCUUUGCAUUAUUUUACUCUACACAUUUUAAUAUAAAUUUUUUUAAUGUGACAUUUUUUACUCGAGUUUUUUUUUUUUUUAAUUUAAUUGAAGUGGUUAAAUAAUUUAUCCAAAAGUUAUGUUAUUUAAUAAAUUAAUGUGUAAGUAAUUUAAUUAAUGGUUGAAUAAUAUUUAAGAUGCCA